GUAGACUCUCGCCGGCGAAGUGGGUCGGAUUCCGGCGGGAAAUAGAAUGGCUGUUACAAGUGAGAGAUCACUGUCUGAAGGGAAGGUUUGGAGUCUCUGCAGAAUGCCAUUUUGGCACUCCAGCAAUGCUGAUGGUUCUUCUUCAUCUUCUUCUUCGCUGAGUGUUCACCACCAAAACCAGCUUGUCGAUCAACCUGAUGUCCAUUCUCUGACUUUGGUCUCGUCCGUGGCAAAGUCUUUUCUUCCAACUCGGCGCCGACUCAGUCUUGAUCCCCCCAACAAACUCUACUUUCCCUGUACUUCUCUCCCCCUCUACUGUUGUGUAUGUAAAUGCUUCUAUACGUACAUUGCGCUUUCGGUGUUUCACUUAUAUGAUGAGCCUGGUAAACAAGUCAAGAGUGCAAUCAGGAUCAAAAACAUCAGCAAGUCUCAUGUAGCUUUCAAGUUUCAAACAACUGCACCGAAGAGUUGUUACAUGCGCCCUCCUGGUGAAAUACUUGCUCCUGGUGAAAGUCUAAUUGCAACUGGUAACAUUAUCCUUCUUGAUCUCUAUUUUCUUUUUGAUGUUGCAUAUAACAUAUAUACAUUGGAGUACCUACUCAUGAAUUAA